UCAUAUUUUAAGUUAUUUGCUAGAAAAAAAUUAUUCCAACUUAAGUCUUAAUCUUAAGAUAAUAGUGAUUUUAUUAAUAAAUGAUAAUUCAAGCAAUAGAAUAAUGUUGAGAUACCUUAUAUACCUACCAAUGUUAAAGAUUUAGAAAAAUCUUUUUCGUUUGUGUUUUUUUACCUUCAGUUUUUAUCUUACAGAUUAAUAUAAAAUUUCUUGCGAAAAUUACUGUAAUGAAAACGAAAGUCCGAUUUCAAAACGUAUAAACGAAACUUAAAUUGUAUAUGGAGAAUGAUAAUUUCUCUUUAUGUAACGAUAUCUAAGAUUCUUCCGACGUUUCCAUUACUUUACAGCAACCUGCUGAGAAAUAGGAAAGUAAAUGUGCCUAGUAUAUUCGAAAAACAUAGUUUAAUUAUUGUUGCUCAAAGUUUUGCUUAUUUCGGUUCUCUUAUAAAGCAGAUUAUAUUUUAUUCCUUAAACGAUUUGUUUGCCUGAAAUGUGUUCAGAGACAAUAAUUAUUUGUUAUUAAAAUCAUUACCCACAGACAUUGCAUAAUAAAUAGGCAAACGGUACAUGCAUUUCUAAUUUGAUUAGAGGAAUCUUAGAACGUUAUAAGGUUUCAUGUCUUCAUAAUAGUGUGUGAAAGAAAAGUGUUCAGUGUCUGAAGUCUUAGCGGCUCGGAGACAACUUUUAGAGGAAAAAUUAUAUAUUUCAUCGUCAAGAAAUGGAAGAUUUAAACGUAUUGUUUAAUUUGUCAAUGCCCAUGAAUAACGGUUAUCAGAACCAGAUGACAAAAUCCUCGUUUAAUAUGACGCUAAGUGGAAAAAGUGCAUUCAUAAUUGGAGCUGUACAAUCAAGUACCAUUGGGAGUAUUGUGGUGCUCUCAUUGGUAACACUUCUUUUGAGUUUGAACUACGAAACACUUAAGAAGAAGGUGAAAAUGAAAACUGAUUCUAGAAGGACAUUACAGAAAUCAUUAUUGCUGAUGAUUUUAUUGGUAAUGUCACCGAUGGUGGUUUUGUUAAUUUUGUUGAGCUGCGGAUAUAAAUGCAUAUGUUACGUAAUAAUUAAGAAAAAAGAUAAACAUUUCGCCGGAUUUCUCGACAGCUUUGAUGUUUUCUGGAGUUUGGAAGACGACGCGACUAAGAGUGUUAUUACGACACUCGGGGUGGUUGAAUGUGAAUCAACUUUACAAUUAGUUGACUGCGUCACGGAGAAGUUACAUUACAUUAUUGGCGAUCCGGAAGCACAGAAGUUAUUUUACAGAAGAAGCGAGGAUUAUGGAUUCUUUUAUUGGAGGAAAUGUUGCUAUGUGGACGUGAACCAAUACGUUAGAGUUAUCAACGUGUCGAACAAAACAAAGCUAAACGUAUCGGAUGUGGAAAAGGUUCUCACAGAAGUCUCGUAUCAACCUUUACCCUUCAAUGACGAGGGUCUGUUUCAGAUAUUGGUAGUUAACCAAACACUAGACAUUGAAAAUAAGGAAAAUCAGUACGCCUUAAUAUUCAGAGUCCAUCACAGUUUAGGUGAUGGGGUCGCUUUGAUUGAAUUUCUCUGUAAAACUUUGGCAGACGGUAAAGACGAGUCUAUUAUGUUUUGCAUGCCGGAGAGGUGCCCAGGGAAAAGUGACAAAUCCCCAGAAUAUUUAUUAGGGAUGAUGUCAGCAUUAUAUGAAAUGUUUAGCUGUUUCAUAGACGGUAUUCUAAGAUAUCCUGAUGUAAGCUGUCUUCAUGGGCCCACUUUGAUUGGCAGAAAAGUAUAUAAAUGGAUAGAGACAGAUGCGAAACUAUUCGAAAUGGUUAUGGAAAUCAAAGCAAAGUAUACAUAUGUUAAAUUUUCUGAUAUUUUAGCGACAGCGUUAUCUUGUGGUUUGCGUGAUUAUUUUUUAAAGGAGGAGGUUCCUGUUCCUAUCAACGCAGCCGUAAUUUUGCCAAUAAGAUUCCCUAACAAAGAAAAAGAUGGUUUGAAAUUGGAAAAUAACUUCACAGUCAGCAUAUUGGACUUACCGAUCGGUGAAGAUAUAAAGGUUGUAAAGCAAUCUAUAAACAGACUACAAGAAAGUGCCGACCCUUUAACCAAUUAUUACUUCCUAAAAAUCUGCGGUAUAAUGCCAAAGGAAAUUUUGCGACCAUUAUUUAAUAGUAGUCAAGCUUCUAUGGUAUUAAGCAACAUGCCGGGACCUCAACUGUUAAGUAUUUGUGGCGGUGAAGUUAAAUCUUUGGUGUUCUUUGUACCAAAUAAAGGGAAUACAGGUUUAGGGGUAACAGCCCUUAGUUACGGGGGAGUACUGCGAUUUGCAGCAAUGGCGGAUGCAGCUCUAGUGCCAAGCUCUCAAAAGUUAGCCGUAAUCUUGAGAGGGAUGGCCAAUGAAAUAAUAAGAAUGCAUAAAGAAUUAGUUCUAAAGUAGUAUAAUAUAAUAAUAAUGGAGUGUAGUCCUGACUUCUCAGUAAAAGUGAUGGAGAAGGUCAAACGGAAGGGAUUUGUUAAGAACAAAGAAUCCUGCUUGUCGAACACGGUAUAUAAAGUUCGGCAGAAAAAGGGUCAUAGAAUUUUAGAACGUAUGUUUUAAUCUAAAAUAAUAAAUAUUAUUACAAUUCGACUAAAGUAAAAUUUACAAUAACAAACGCACUUACUGUAUUUAAAUUAAAAAAAAACUAGAAAUCACAUCCGAUACUUCAGUCUCAAGUUCUCCAAAAGUAACAAAUUGCACUUUUUUAUCUGUAGACAAAGGUAAAUACCUAAAAACAUUGUAUAAAUUCUCCUCAUACUACACACCAAACUAAGUGUAAUGAAUUUUCUACUUUAUAUGACAAACUAAUCAAAAACAUUCCAAGAUAUACAAACUUCCGCCAGUAGUAAAGAGACUGCAGCAUCCUGUUGACUAUUCAGUACACUUUCAAGUUUGUCGUCUAACUCGAUCCGAGCGCGCUCCGCCGACGACAAAAUGGCUUCCAUCGAACACUUCAAGUGAAAUAGUCUCUCUUCGUACCAAACUUUCUAAGCAUAAUCUCAUAUUAAAAUAUAUAUAUUCUUUUUGGAUAUUAAAUAAUA